CAUGCACAAAGGCAGCCAGAAAGGGAGAAGGCGGCACGGUGGCUCGGUGGCUUGCGUGGGAUCCUGCUGUUUUAUCACAGCUCAGCGAGGCUCACCGAAACGUGUUUCCUGCCAUCCUCACCAGCAAGCGUGGUGUGGAUAGGAAUGUUGUGCGCCUUAUGAGAGACCGGACCGAGGGGAACACCAUGGUCAAGGUGUGGCGGCAGAUUCAGGAGAAUCACGUGGAGGAGUAUCUCCAGCGUAAGGACCUGUACACCACACUCCUGAUGAACGUGGUGAAACCUGGAGGGAUCGUCUCUGCCUUUGGCCACAGCUUCCAGCCUCCACCCCCGCAGAGAGAGCUUCCGACAGCACGGCUCCUGCGUCACGCCUUCCUGCUCGCAGAGGCGAGCAACGUGCAGGACUACAGGAGCCAGAUCCUGUCUACUUUCGGCACUGUGCUGAAAAUGGAUUCAACAAAGAAAGUGGUGAAGAAGCUGUCUGGGGAGGGCCGAGGCUCAGCUGAGUGGUUUACCAGCAUUGGGAACGAGCACAGCCAAAUUGUGUCAUUCGUGCUGACCUGUGAGGAGUCCACGCAGAAGCUGCAACCGAUGUGCCAGGGAGUGGUAGAGAGGUUCCGGCUGGCCAACCAACCCAUCCCCAAGAUCCUGUAUGUGGACCACGGGUGUUGCAGAGCACAGGGCCCGACAGCCUUGGAGACUUUGUUCCCGUCUUGGGUGGACAAGGGGAUGGUUGUGCGCUUGGACAUCUUUCACUGGAUCCACCGGUUUGACGCAGCCAUCCGCACAGAGUCUCACUGCAAGUACGCAGCCUUCAAGUCUGCUUUAUCCGGUGCAGUGCUGGCCUACAACCGCUCGGACCUGGAACUGCUCAUCAAGGCUGUCAGAGCCAAGGACACAGCCAGACUGAACACUGUGUCAGAUGAAGACGUCGUCCGGCUCUUCAUUUCCAAGGACCAGCUCAAACACCACGUGCGCAGGGUCACGCUCGGAGCUCAGGAAACCUUCCAGCUCAUCCAUAUGGCCAUCGAGGAACUGAAAGGUCCGGCGGGGCUGGACGAGAGUGGCGUGAGCCUCUUCAAAACACCUGAGGCCAUCGAUGAGAUGUGGGUCAGCCAGCAGCGACACCUGGAAUGCAUGCAGGACCCACCGGGCAUGAGCAUGUACAGGGUGGCACGGAGCACUAACAUCAAUAAUGUGGACGUGCCGUACUACAAAGGUCCGCGUGGAAGCAACAGCCUGGAAGGAUUCCACAGGUUUCUCCCAAACAUGAUUUCAGGUCCCCACUGUGCUGCAAGGCCCUAUCAGGUUUACCUGAUUAGUGGCAUCGCCAGGUGGAAUUCUGACAGGAGCUCAGGUGCGGUGUUUGGUGGCAAAGGACGGCACUACAGGACCUACUCUGCGCCACUGAUUGACCGCCUCAACGCUCGCUGUCAGCAGCUGUUUGGAGAGACCGUGGAGGAGAACUUCCGGGCCCCCGCUGACGUUGCAUCGGACGAGUUGCUCGGAUUGGAGUACCUGUUCAGCCAGAGCACCGGUGAAUCCUUCUCUCUUCGGGACAACGAUGGGCCUGAUGAGGACGGGGAGGUGCUUCAGCCCGGGCAGCCUGACGAAGCGUAUGAGAGUGAUGCGGAGGCCCCUGCGGACCAGGACCUCGACACCAGCCUGACCCACAUCACGCUCACCAGCGAGGAAACCUCCACCGUUCACCCUCCUGCCUUCGAGGAUGCCUGCAGUCCAAAUCCUCUUCCCGGCUUCAGGAAGCUUGAAAACUUCUGCUCGGCGCUGGUGGAGAUCGGCCAGGCAGAGGACAAGCUUUCACUGACCACGGAGAAGAGGAACCACAUCCUGCAGCUGUGGAACGCCGUGGAGGAGCACGACAAGCAGCCACGAAGUUCAACCAGCUGUACAGAACCCACUGGGGGAACACUCUUUACUGCAGGACAAAGAGGGAUGAUCUUGUUGAUGCUGCUGUGGUGCAGAAGGUUAAGAUGGCAAAGCGGUACGCACCAGCUCAACAGGACAUCAGCCCCCAGGACAACAGGCUCAUGUACACGCUGGUCAAGCUUCUGUGGUUGAACUUACCUCAGGGGUCGCAAGGUG